AUUUGAUUGAUAUAAUAAUAGAGACAAUAAAAAAGUCAACCAUUUAUUGAACUUUUCAUUUCAUUUCAAUAAUACAAUCGAUAUCUUUGUUGUUAUCGACGGACAACUACUAGUGACCAGAAAUUUUUACCGAACGGACAGACAGACGGACACACCUAUCAGACGGUCAGACACACCGAUUGAUCAGCAACGACGUCGUCUACGGCCAGAAAUCCCGAGGAGGACAUAGACUCUCUCACCAAUCAUCGCCAAAGUAGCCGAUCAUCGACGGACAACAACAAUACUAGACGCCCGACUAGUGACCAGAAAAAUAAUAAUAUGUCGUCGUCCUAUCGAAGCGAAUCGCGUAUAUAUGUCGGUAAUCUGCCGCCAGAUAUACGUACGAAAGAUAUCGAAGACUUGUUCUACAAGUUCGGUAAGAUAUCGUUUAUUGACCUCAAGAAUCGGCGCGGACCGCCGUUUGCAUUCGUCGAGUUUGAGGACAAUCGCGAUGCCGAAGACGCGGUCCAUUCGCGCGACGGCUACGACUACGACGGCUAUAAACUUCGCGUAGAGUUUCCCAGAGGUAAAGAGCGCGGACCGGGCGGUGCGUUCACAUCGGGCUCCAGAUCGGGCGGCGGCGGCGGAGGACGUGAUUUUAAUCCGCGCGGACGCGGACCACCAGCUCGUCGAUCGCAAUACAGAGUUACUGUUUCAGGUUUACCGCCGACUGGCAGUUGGCAGGACUUGAAGGAUCAUAUGCGCGAAGCCGGCGACGUUUGCUAUGCCGAUGUCUUCAAGGAUGGGACCGGUGUUGUCGAGUUUCUUCGAUACGAAGACAUGAAGUACGCCAUCAAAAAGCUGGACGACUCACGUUUUCGAUCGCAUGAGGGCGAAGUGGCCUACAUUCGUGUCCGCGAAGACUAUGGCGGCUCAAGCGGCGGUCGUUCGCGUAGCCGAUCGCGUUCCUAUUCGCCGCCGCGCCGUAGCCGCGGAUCGCCAACCUAUAGUCCGGCCCGUAAUCGAUCCCGAUCGAGAUCGCCGGCCUCCAGGUCACGGUCUAGAGAUCGCGAUCGUGACCAUUCCGAUCGUUCCCGAUCCCGAUCGGCUUCAAAAUAAUAAUUACCGACUUUUUACCGCACCACCAUCAUACGCACCACCGAACGGCAACCACAAUCACAAUGAGAGGCCAAUUGAGAGGGUGUGUUUUUGGUGUAUGCCUGUAUACACACACAUAAAUAUAUCUAUACACACAUACAUACAUACACUCUACCUCCCUGUUCAAUGGGUGGGUGGGUGUGUACAUACAAUAAUAGCCAUACUCUCUAUUUAUCUCUCUCUCUCUCUCUCUCUCUUUCUAUAACUCCUAAUGUGUACCUCUAAUUUGAUUUCAAUUUUUUUUUAAUAUAUAUAUAUAUAUUAGUAUAUAUAGA